UCGGCUCAUUGGCACCGGAUGCCGCUUUAAUCGAUCAGCUCAACAUAACAGCUAUCUAACCAAGGACGAGCAGCCCACGUGUGAGCACGUCCCCAACUCUGCUGGUACCACAAGUAUUAUUAUUAACACCACAACAUGAGUAGCAGUAGCAGCAGCACCACAAGCAACAAUAACAAUAGCAACAACAACAAUCCCGUACACCAACACCUACACUCACCCAGCAAACUCACUGAAUUCGCACGCAAUUUCGAGGAUAAGCCGGAGUCUUUAUUUGGACGCGUCGUCAACAAAAUUCAAAAUGUUUACAAUCAAAGCUACAACACCGUCAAUGACAUCUCCAGUGGCAAUAGCAAUGUCCAGGUGGGCAAAUCCAUGUUCUAUGCGGAGAAGAGAACUCCCAACGCGGAGGCGGAGAAUGCGGAUGUGGCCAGUGAGAUCACUCGCGGCAGUUCAUCCUCCAGUCUAAGCACAAGUCGUCCACAGCCGCCAACAACUCUGAAGCUGUCAAGCAAUAGCACCAUCGAUAUCACAACCACUGCUGAAGAAUCUGAGGCCUAUGAGCGUAUCGAUGAGCUGCCCAGUGAAGCGAAUCAGAAUCAAGGCCGCACCGUGUCCAAUGUACUCAAACACAUCAGCAAUAUUGUUGCCUCAAAGAACAACAACGAUUUGCGAAACUAUAAAGAGACGGAGCUGCAGCAAUUGUGGAUGCCAGACUCAAAAGCUAAGGAAUGCUAUGACUGUGCACUAAAGUUCACUCUAUAUCGUCGUAAACAUCAUUGCCGUCUUUGCGGUCAGAUAUUCUGCUCCAAGUGCUGCAAUCAAGUAGUUCCCGGAAGCAUAAUACGUUGCGAGGGGGAUCUUAAGGUGUGCAAUUACUGUUCCAAGAUUGUGCUUACCUCGCUCAAGUCGUCAGACACCAACAUGGGCGAAGAUCUUCAGGCCUUGCAGCAGCAUCUGAGCAGCAAGCUUGAAGUGCAGGAAAAUGCGUCCAACACACACGCAGCACAGAAGCAGCGGGUUCAAUUGUCCCGCAAGUCCUCUCUGGGCUAUCAGGAGGAGCGAUUCAGUUCGCAGCACAAUUAUACAACUCUAUCUAUGAUUGAUCGCAAGAACAUACUGCAGCAAUCGAAUUCGUUGAUCACGCUCCAUGAAGAGAUGCAGCGCGAGCUGCCAGCUCAAAACUGUGGCCAGCUGCUCAUAGAGUUUCUCAAGAAGAACAACAAGUCGGCCAACGAGGUACAAGCUGUGGCUAUAUUAAAUGCCAUGCUCGCCGCUGGUUUCCUUGAGCCCAUUGUGCCCGAUGCCGAGCAGAUCGAGUUCGAUGCAACACUUCACUACAGAUUUGCGGAGCUAUCACGCCCUGGAACAACCAUAGCAGAGACGCGCGAAGGAAGCUCUGAGCACUCCAAUCCAAUAAGUCCACAGUUUGAUGCGACUAGUGCGGAGCCACAUCCGCCCAAGUCGAUGGAUGUGUCGCAGAGCUUUCAGUCUGCUCAGGAGCUGGAAUUGGAGAAUGAUAUGUGCUUCACAACGAUAUCGACAAAGCUGCUGGAGUCAUACUGUGAUCAUGAGGAGCAGCUGCUGGCACAAUUGUUGCGAGCCAACCAUCUGGAUGCAGAGUGGGGCAAGGUUCUCCAGACGCUCUGCUCCACGGCAGCGAAUCAUUUCAAGCCCGAGUAUUGCACCAACGAUCUCAUGGACAUACGCAACUAUGUCAACUUCAAAAAGGUGCCUGGUGGCAGGCCCAAGGAGUCGAAAAUUGUGCAUGGCGUUGCCUUCUCCAAGAAUGUGGCCCACAAGGACAUGGCCACUCAUGUCGCCUUUCCACGCAUCCUCCUGCUGCAAUGCCCAAUUGUCUAUGAGCGAAUCGAGGGCAAGUUUGUGACCAUUGAGACGGUGAUGCUUCAGGAGAAGGAAUACCUACGCAACGUCUGUACCCGCAUCAUGAACUUUGAGCCGAACGUUGUGCUCGUCCACAAGAAUGUGGCGGGCAUUGCCCAGGAUCUGUUACGCUCCUUUGGCGUCACCUUGGUUCUAGACGUCAAGCUGUCCGUCAUGGAACGUCUCGCCCGCACCCUGCAGUGCGACAUAGUCAGCUCCAUUGAAUCGAAUAUAAACAUGCCCAAACUGGGCUACUGCAAUGACUUCUACAUACGCAACUAUACGUGUGGGAAGACGCUCAUGUUCUUUGAGAAACUGAACAGUCCACGUGGCUACACUUGCCUCCUGCGAGGUGGCAGCAAUGCGGAGCUAACCCGGGCCAAGAAGGUGGCGCUGGCGCUUCUCUUUGCCCGCUACAAUUGGCGACUGGAGAUGUCUUUCCUAUUGGAUGAGUUUGCCCAGCCCCUUUGUCCUAAGCCACCCAUCUUUGACUCCAAGGAGUCCAGUCCAAACACGGAGAAUGGCAGUGAGGAACAGCCGGAGGUGGAGACCCAAAUGCGCACCAAGCGGCCACUUUGUGAGCGCAAGUCGGAGGAUAAGUUUAUGGCCGCCGUCAGUGAAAAUGUCUCCGACUUUACGGAUCCUUUGCGAUCCUCGCAGGCCGAAGCACUCACCAGCUCGUCCGCCAAUCUUACCGUGGAGGCGCUUGCGGUUGAGAUGCGAUACGAUAAUCGUUUUCGCAAUGCAUUAAGCUCCACGUUGUUAUCUGUCAGUCCGUUUCUAACUUUUCCACUUCCGUAUUUGGAAACGGAGCAGGGACGCAAUUGCAAGCUGCGUAAACUUUUUCCAGCUGAACUCUACUUCUCGAAAUUGUGGUCCACGACUCCAGGCACUGCUCUCGAGCGACCAGACAGCAUUGAAGCGGACACAGUCAAGAGCAACGCGGAACUGGGCAACAAGGAGAACGAACUGCAGUUGCUGCCAGCGCAUGAUUUUGUUAAGAUGAAGAUCACGGUCGCCGCCACCACUCGCGACAUUCAAACGAAGCUCGCCGAGUUUCGAUCCUUUGGAGGACGCUUUCCCAAGGGCAAAGCCCCAAUGCUGAAGCCAAAGAAGAAGUCGGGCGAAGUGAUUCAGAUUCAGCGGCCACAAAAGGUGACCGAUGAGCAACUGUACAAGGAUGCACUGGAUCCCCAGAACCAUCAGAGAUUGCCUGUGCUCUUCUGUAGCUUCCACUACAAUCCCAAGGGCGUCUCAUCGUUCUGCAAGCUGCCCAUGCUGCUGGACAUGAAGUUCUAUGGUCAACACGACAUCAUGUUGGAGCAGUUCCUCCAACGCUAUUGCUGUCUCUUUAAUUCGAUGUGUCCCUCCUGCAGUUUGCCCAUGCUGGGCCACGUCCGUCGCUAUGUCCACGCCCUGGGCUGUGUGCAUGUCUAUCUCACUGAAGAUCUGACACGAUCCGAUCCCACCCGCAUCUACUUUACCUCCUGGUGCAGCAUCUGCAAUGCGACGACGCCAACGGUGCCGCUAUCAGCAGCUUCCAAAUGCCUGUCCCUGGCCAAGUAUCUGGAGAUGCGAUUCCAUGGACACGCCUACAGACGUCGCCCGCCCACAGAGUCCAUGCCCGAUCAGAGCAGUCCUUGCGAGCAUUCAUUGCAUCGCGACUAUGUGCAUCAUUUUAGCUUUCGUGGCGUUGGAGCAAAGUUCCAGUAUACGUCCGUCGAGGUCUGGGAACCGGAGCUGCCCUCGUUGACGUUGCAAAUGGAGCUGCCCAAGCCAUUCAUUGGCAUCCAGGUGCAGGAGGAUAUCAAGAGCUUUUCCAUACGGGGACAUGAAGUGUACACAAGAAUUCAUGAGCGGAUUGCGGAUCUGGCCACAGAGGAGGAGAAUUCGCCAUUGGUAUCCCGACUGAAGGCGACACUCACCAAGGAUCAGUUCCAGUUCAAGCAAAAGGUGGAAAUUGUGCACACACUGUUGACGGAGCGUCUGGUGAACUCCUAUGACAUCAGAGAUGCCCUUGUCAUGGCCAAGCGUGCCCUGGCCGAGAGCAUUGAGCUGUGGGGACCACGUCUGCAUGAGAUUGAGCAACUGACCCAGAAGCAUGCCAAGCAAUCGCAUCACAUAGAUGCGGGCACCAUUUGCACGGAGGAACUGCGUCCGGAGCAGCUGGAACAGGAGCUGGCCAAGAGCAGAGCGGGCAAUCAGCAGCAGUUGGAAAUCAGUGGCAUCAGUGCUGCCACAUCAGAGUGUCCAGUCGAUGACACAGCCGAGGUGGAAAAGAAACUCACCGUGGACCAAAUGCUGGCAUCCACUGUGAACGUCAACUCGGACAAGAAGUCCAUCAAGUCGCGAUUGCUGACCCUGCGACAGACGACGAAUAACCAGACGAAUCCUUUGCAGUCGCCCUUCUCGGCACAGGACCAUCUGACCCUGCCCCUGGGCAGCAUUCCCCUCAAUGUGCACGAGAACGAUCUCAGCUCGGUCAUUGCCUAUGGCCUGACCUCCACUGAGUAUCAACGUGCCAUUGCUGCUCUCAAUGCCGACGAAGCGGCGGCCAACGGAGGCGAUGCCAACUGCAGUCCACAGCCGAAGCACAAGCAGCUAGAUCCCGAUGCUGAGGAGGCGUGUCCAGAUGGUCCAGAAGAGCGCAGCAAGGCUAAAGGUCAACCGCAACCACAGCCUCCCAGCCCGCACGUCUGCCUGGCUUUUGGCAAUGGACAGUUCCAGUGCAACAUUUACUUUGCCCGUGAAUUUGAUGCAAUGCGCGCCAAGUGCUUAAGUCCACCCAAGCUGGACAGGAUGGUCUAUCGCCGGCUGGAGAGAAGUAAAAUGCGGGAGGAGCUGAGAAUCUCACAGAAUCGAAACGGUUCCGAAAUCGAGCUGGUGCGCAAACCCAGUGAAGUUGGUGCCGCCUCCCAUGAUGAUCAGCCGGAUGCCGAGGAGGAGUCACGAAUUGCCCUCGCCCGCAGCUUGUCCCGCAGCGUGCAGUGGGAGGCGCGUGGUGGCAAAUCCGGUUCACGAUUCUGCAAAACGUUGGAUGAUCGUUUCGUUCUCAAAGAGAUGGAUAAGAAGGACAUGAACAUUUUUGAGCAGUUUGCGCCGGAAUAUUUAGAAUACAUUGCCAAGUGUCAGCAGGAGGAGCAGCCCACACUACUGGCCAAGAUCUUUGGGGUCUUUAAAGUUAGCGUCAAAAAGAAGGACUGCUUUGUGGAAAAGUCACUGCUGGUCAUGGAGAAUCUCUUCUAUGGCUGCGACAUAUCCAAUAAGUUCGAUCUAAAGGGCUCUGAACGCAAUCGCCACGUGGAUCCAACCAAUCAGAAUGGCGAAAUUGUGCUGCUCGAUGAGAAUCUGGUGGAGAUGUCCUGGUCGAAGCCUUUGUAUGUCCUGUCGCACAGCAAAGCUGUGCUGCGUGAUGCCAUACUGAGGGAUGCCUCGUUUCUGGAGCGGAACAUCGUCAUGGACUACUCCUUGCUUGUGGGACUCGACCAAAAGCGAAAUGUGUUGGUUCUGGGCAUAAUAGAUUACAUACGCACUUACACGAUGGACAAGAAGAUCGAGUCGAUAAUUAAACAGUCGGGAAUACUUGGCGGUGGCAUUGGCAAGAUGCCAACAGUGGUGGCACCGCAACUCUACAAGCAACGCUUUGUGGAGGCAAUGGAUCGGUACUUCUAUACGGUGCCCGAUCGCUGGGAGGGAUUGUCAAAGAUUUGAAGCAGUUGACGCAAAAACGAAACAAGCACUUACCAGUUAGUUAAUGUACUUAGUUAAUAAAGCAGCUAACGCAAUUGUUAAA